AUGGUUCUCGAAGCGACCAUGAUCGUGUUGGACAACUCCGAAUGGAUGCGAAAUGGAGACUAUACGCCAACUCGAUGGGAGGCACAGGCUGAUGCGGUCAGCAUGAUCUUUGACGCCAAGACCAACUCGAAUCCAGAGAGCGAGGUCGGACUCAUGACAAUGGCAGGAAAGAGCCCCGAGGUGCUCGCUACAUUGACACAAGACAUGGGCAAGAUCUUGGCAGCACUUCACAGAAGCAAAAUCGUCGGUAAUGCCGAUGUUGCUACCGGCAUCAACGUCGCUUCGCUCGCAUUGAAGCAUCGCCAGAACAAGAAUCAGAGGCAGAGGGUCAUCGUCUUUGUCGGAUCACCCGUCGCACAGUCAGAGGAUGAUUUGGUCAAGCUUGGCAAGAAGCUCAAGAAGAAUAACAUUGCUGUCGACAUUGUCAACUUUGGCGAAGAUGCAGAGAAUCAGGAAAAGCUCUCCAAGUUCAUCGAGGCUGUCAACAGCGGCGAGAACAGUCACUUGUUGAGCGUUCCGGCGGGACCACAGCUUCUAUCCGACAUCAUUCUCACUUCUCCUGUGCUGCAAGAAGAGGGUGGUGACUCAGGCGCCGGUCCAUCCGGCAGUGGUGGUGGAUCCAACAACUUUGAGUUUGGCGUUGACCCAAGCAUGGACCCCGAAUUGGCAAUGGCACUCCGACUCUCGCUCGAAGAAGAGCAGGCCCGACAGAGAGCUGCCGAAGGCACUUCUAGAUCGCAAGCGCCAACACUUCCUACGGUCACAGAAGGCACCGAAGGGAAUGCGCCAGCCGUGGCCGGCACUGCCGAUGUAGCAGGUGGCUUGGCUGGCAGCGGCUCGAUGGUACCAAGAGGUGCCGAAUCCAUCACAGGAGAAGGUCACAACGCCGAUGAUGAGUCGGAAGAAGCCAUGUUGCAAAAAGCAAUUGCCCUCUCACAGGCCGGCGAGACCUCACAAAGCAACGAUGAGGAUGUUGACAUGGCAUCGGCAGAGCCGUCGGCCGGUCGCCGAGCUGUUGUUGCCGGUACAGGUGAAGACGAGGAAGACGAAGAGAUGGACGAAGACGAGGCUAUCGCAAGGGCUAUCCAGAUGAGCUUGCAGGAAGGCGACGGCCAGGGCGACAGCAAAUAG